AUGCGUGAAAACCUUAUCAGGAAUAUCACAUUGACGUUAGGUGAAAUAAGAACAAGCAUGGCCAAGAAAUACUAUUACGCUGUCCAGAAUGGACGUAACGAAGGUGUCUACAGCUCAUGGAACGACUGUAAGUCGCAGAUUGAUGGUUACGCCGGCGCAGUUUAUAAGAAAUUCACAUCUUAUGGUGAAGCUCAGGCCUUCUCGAAAUCCAAUUCUGGUUACUCAAGCAGUUCAUCUACCAACAAUGUUAUCAGUGGUACAACAUUAAGCAGUACUAAUAGUAGGUCUUCCAAUAACAAUGGUUAUGGUAGUUCAUACCUAAGCUCUUACUCUCGGCCUAGUAAUUCUGGUACUCAAACUAGUGCUGGCUCCAGUAGACAAUCAAAACCGUCGCCUAGUUCUUAUGUGUCACUAUCAUACAAUGGUGGUGGCAGCUAUGGUGGUGUCCAUAAGAAAAGUGUUUCUUCUUAUUCUUUCACCACUCCCAGUUCCAAAAACUAUUAUGCUGUAAAGAGCAACAACCCUGAAAUUCAAAGCAAAAUUUUCAAGAAUUGGAAAGACUGUAGAUCAUAUGCUUAUAGAAAAAAGGGUUUGUCAUACAUGAAGUUUGAUUCUGAGGGAGGUGCUAAUAGCUAUAUCAGUGGUGUAUCUAAUGAUGUGACUGAUUAUGGCCACAUUAACGAAACCCAAGAGAGUUUUACUCAGAAAUAUAGCAUAUCUACCAAAACUCAGAAAUAUUCCAAAUUAGCAAAUGUAUAUUGCGAUGGAUCAUCCUUAUCUAAUGGGACAGAUAAUGCUAGAGCUGGUUAUGGUGUUUAUUUUGAAGGUGAGCCUCAAAACAAUAUUUCAGAAAGGUUAAAGGGAGGUCAGCAGACAAAUAAUAGAGGUGAAAUUCAGGCUGUAUCUAGUGCCCUUGAAACUAUUUGGGGAAAUUUAACUUCAACUGAAGAUAAGAAUAUCUAUAAGAUUAAAACUGAUUCUGAGUAUGUGGUUAAACUUUUGAAUGAUAGAUAUUACACAUAUUCCGAUAAGAAGAUUAACUCUUUACCUAACAAUGAUCUAAUUAAGCCUUUAAUUCAAAAUUAUGUAAAGGUUAAGAAAUAUUAUGAGAUUAAUAAUGAUCACUUCGAUGAAGGUAAUAAAUUUCAAGUGGAAUGGGUCAAAGGUCAUGCUGGACAUGAAGGUAAUGAAAUUGCUGAUGAAUUAGCUAGGCAAGGUGCCGCCAAAGAAUGA